AUGCGCAUGGACUGGUUUACUAGUUACUUCGCACACAAGCGUGACUGCGCCAACAAACGUGAUCUCCGCACCAAAGCCCUCCUCUCCCUCCCGAGUGAAUACCACAACCCCCUCCCCUCCCAACCGCUCAUCCUCGCCGCCCCUCUGUCCCAGCUCAUCCAGAAUGUCCAGUCCGGCAAAUGGACUGCGAAGGAAGUGUUGCGCGGCUAUGGGCAGAAAGCGGUCGACGCGCAACGGGAGACGAACUGUCUGACAGAAAUCCUCAUUCCGAGUGCUGAGGAGUGGGCUGAGGGGGUUAAGACGGGCCCGCUUGCUGGUGUACCCGUGAGCCUGAAAGACACCUGUAACAAGAAAGACUCUGCGCUCGUCAGGCUUCUCAAAGAUGCUGGAGCCGUACCGUUUGUGAAGACGAACGUCCCGACUUGUCUGUUGAGCUUUGAGUCGUACAACGAUGUAUUCGGACGCACCACAAACCCAUACAACGCCGCCUGCACGUCCGGCGGAUCCUCAGGCGGGGAAUCCGCACUGAUAGCCUACGGCGGGUCUAUCGUCGGCGUCGGUUCAGAUGUAGCGGGCAGUGUGCGUGUCCCUGCACAUUUCUGCGGCAUUUACACUCUGAAAUGUUCUACAGGCCGAUUCCCUCGCGCGGGUAAUACGAGCGCCAUGCCAGGGCAAGAAGGCGUCAAGGCUUGUUAUUCGCCGAUGGCGCGGUCGAUGGAGGCGCUGCGGGUUUUCUUGAAAGCUGUGGUAGAUAUGAAGCCAUGGGACUAUGACCCCUCGUGCGAUCCACUCCCCUGGACCGAGCCCUCCCUCCCCAAACAACUCCGCUUCGGUGUCCUCUCCUCCGACGGGGUCGUCCGCCCCUCCCCCGCCUGUGCCCGUGCCGUCUCCCUCUGCAUCUCAGCACUCGAAGCAGCAGGGCACACCGUCGGCCCCUUCCCCUUCUUCCCGCCCUCGCCUCUCCGCGCCCUGCAGACAGCGUCCCAGCUCCUCCUAGCAGACGGGGGGAAGACCGCCCUCCUCCCCUUCCGUUUUGGGGAAUCGAACGAGCUCGGCUUAGAGCGCAUGUUAUGGCCUAUGCGCUGGCUCCCCCGGUGGGUAAAACGAUGCUGGGCCUGGUGGCUCGAGCAUGUUUCCCAGGAUCCGGUCUGGGCAGCGCUUGUCCGAGACUGGGCGGAGAAGUCAUACGUCGAGCAGCAGCGGCUUGUCGUCGAGCGCGAAAACUAUCGAGCCCAGUUCCUCCAGGCAUGGCAGAAUCACGCAAUCGAUUUCCUCAUCACGGUGCCCAACGCUACUCCCGCAGUGCCACACAACGCUUUGAGGGACACGUUCGCCUCGUGCGGGUAUACAUUCCUGUUCAACUACGUCGACUACCCUGCUGGUGUCCUCCCGGUGACGAGGGUCGACCCCGCGCUGGAUCAGCUCACGGACAAGCCGCAGAAUGCAGUAGAGCGCGGGGCGUGGAAGUGGUAUGACGCGACGCUGAUGGCUGGCUUGCCCGUCGGGGUGCAGGUCGUCGGCCGACGGCUAGAGGAGGAGAAGACCUUGCGUGCGAUGGAGAUCAUCGAAAGCGCGCUGAGGGCGUAUGGCGUCACGUACCAAGUAUAGAUUAGGGAUAAAUCUAAAUUGUUGUAAGCUAGGAAUGGCUACCAAGAGAAGUACA